UAUUUCAAGUUAACCUCGAAUAAUUAAAAAGUGCGGGACGGACUAUACUGUUUACCUUUUGUGAUAAUUAAAUUAUUUCUCAGUGAAUAGGUGGAAUACGAGUUUAUUAGUAAAUAAAAAACCACAUGAAGUUAAAUCGGGAAAAUAUGGUGGCUAUAUUACAUUUAAUAAUAUAGUAUUUUAUUAAAAAAUUGUGUAGCGAAACCAUUUCUACAUGACGGACGAAAAUGACUUGCACGGAACACCGUUUUUAUUAUAGUAACUUUGACGUAAAAACUUGACAGCUUGUGGCUAACUUCAGAUCUUUAGUCAUCUGUCAAUUUCACGGGAUUUGAUAGAUUUAAUGAAAAAUAAAAUUAUAAAAAAUCUCUACCAUCUCAAUAUCAUUUGUUAAAUAAAUUUAACAAAAAUGACUUCAUUCCCGGGAAGUAUCGCUUUCGAUGAAUAUGGUCGACCGUUUAUAAUUCUCAGAGAUCAAGACAAACAAAAACGAUUAACCGGAAUAGAUGCGCUUAAGUCGCAUAUUUUGGCAGCGAGACAAAUUGCACAUACAGUUAGCACAUCUUUAGGACCCAAAGGCUUAGAUAAAAUGAUGGUAUCUCCUGACGGAGAUGUAACUGUGACGAACGAUGGUGCUACUAUUUUAAAAAUGAUGGAUGUAGAAAACGAAGUCGCUAAACUCUUAGUGCAGUUGUCUCAAUCACAAGACGAUGAAAUCGGUGAUGGUACUACUGGAGUAGUAGUUUUAGCAGGAGCCCUAUUAGAACAAGCUGGAUCUCUACUUGAUAAAGGGAUUCAUCCUAUUAGAAUCGCCGAUGGUUUCGAAUUAGCUUGCCAAACUGCAGUGAACCAUUUAGAAAAAAUAGCCGAGCUGUUUCCUGUGUCUGCAGAAAAUACAGAACCGUUAAUAAAAGUAGCAAUGACUACUUUAGGAUCUAAAAUUAUUAACAAGUGUCACAGACAGAUGGCGGAAAUAGCUGUAAAUGCAGUUUUAGCUGUAGCAGAUUUACAACAGAAGGAUGUAAAUUUUGAGCUCAUUAAAGUUGAAGGAAAAGUCGGUGGAAAGCUGGAAGAUACGACUUUAGUUAAAGGGGUUGUUAUAGAUAAAACGAUGUCGCAUCCACAGAUGCCUAAAGAAUUGAAAAAUGUGAAAUUAGCUAUUCUUACUUGUCCAUUUGAACCCCCAAAACCAAAGACUAAACAUAAGUUGGAUGUAUCCAGCGUUGAUGAUUACAAAGAAUUAAGACAAUAUGAACAGGAGAAAUUCAAAGAAAUCGUCAGUUUAGUGAAAAAAGCCGGAGCUACAUUAGCAAUUUGUCAAUGGGGAUUCGACGACGAAGCUAACCAUUUAUUGUUACAACAAGAAUUACCAGCAGUUAGAUGGGUUGGAGGUCCGGAAAUUGAAUUGAUAGCUAUAGCUACUGGAGGUAGAAUAGUACCUCGUUUUGAAGAACUCAGCCCUGAAAAACUCGGUAGCGCCGGUUUAGUAAGGGAAAUCUCAUUCGGUACCACCAAAGACAGGAUGUUGGUAAUUGAAGAAUGCUCGAAUUCGCGCGCAGUCACUAUUCUAGUUAGAGGUGGUAAUCAAAUGUUGGUGGCAGAAGCUAAAAGAAGCCUUCAUGACGCUUUGUGCAUUGUCAGAAGUUUAGUCCAGGAACCGAGAGUGGUUUACGGAGGAGGAGCAGCCGAAAUAGCUUGUAGUCUAGCGGUAGCUGCUCAGGCGGAUCAACUGGCGUCUUUGGAACAGUACGCCUACAGAGCUUUUGCUGAGGCUUUGGAAAGUAUUCCUUUAGCUUUAGCCGAAAAUAGUGGUUUGUCUGCUAUUCAUACCCUGGGAGAAUUGAAAGCUAAACAAUCAGCUACAAACGAUCCUGCCCUUGGUGUAGAUUGUAUGAAUACAGGUAAUUUGAAUAUGAGAGAACAACACGUGAUCGAAUCUUUGAGAUCUAAGAGACAACAGUUCUUGUUAGCUACCCAAUUGGUCAAAAUGAUAUUGAAGAUUGAUGAUAUACGUCAACCGACUUCUGGUUAAUUUUUUUUUUGUUUUUAAUUCUCACUAAUGUUCAUUUGUAUCGCUUUUUGAUCUGUAAUUUGCAAUUACUGAUAGUAUUAAUAAUAAUUUAUAAAAAUUUGUGUUUUAUUUGUAUCUACGAAAUAUUUUUCCAACGAUAGAGGAAGUAGCGGUUUCUUGAGGGUACAAAUGAACUACUAUUUGUGUUUUUAGGCUAGCAAAAAUGUUAAUGGAAGUUGCAGAAACUGAAUUAGUGGAUCUCAUUUGGGGUAUUUUUUAUAUUACAGAGUGCAACUAAUUAAGUAUGUUAUCAUAUCCUUUUUUGAAAUAAAAAAUUAGUAACCGUUGACUUGUUUAAGUGGAUUAAAGGACAAAAAUCCUUUUUUUUGUAUUUCAGCUUGAUGUUUGUGGAUUAAAAUCUAUAAUUAGAGAAAGUUUAUUUUGAUAAAACUAUUUUUUUCAGUGUAGAGGUAACUAGAAAUAAAUAAAAAUGUUGAAUUUAUUUAUUUUGACAUUACCAAAUAUUUGUUUGUUUUGAAACCAUUGUAUCUGAUUUUUGUACAAAUUUUUGAUUCGGUACUAAAAAUAUGAAUUUUUGAUAAAAAACAGUCCGAUAGAAAAAUGUUAUGUACAUCUUUUUGUAAUAAAGAAAAAUUCUCAAGUUUUCUUAUAAAUGUUUGAUGUUGGAUUCUUACAACUCUGCGUAUAUUUCAGUAGUUCAUUUGUAACUUUCCUCAUUUUAAACGAUUACAGCUGAAAAUUUUUCUCUUAUAAUGUAUAUUGUCCUUUUGAGAGCCUCUAUUUUCCAUUUUUAUCACUUUAUCUUCCAAUUUCUCUUUCUCUGCGAUUAUUGAAAUUGUAAGUUUGUUAAUGGAUUUCUACAACUCAAAGUAUAUUUAAACACCGUAACUUUCUGUUUGUCCUAUUUAUCUUUUGUUGUUGAUGGGUCUAUUUUAGUAGUUCAUUUGUACUUCACUGCAAUUAUCCUCAAUUUACCAGAUUUCCAAUCAAAUUUUUUUGAAAAUUGAUCUUUUCUUUCAAAUUGUGAGGUUAGGAGUUGUUAUGUACCUUAUUUAUCUAUUAUUGUAGUUCAUUUGUACUUCGCCAUAAUGACCUACUUGUUUUUAGAUUACUUAAUAUUUUUUUUAAACCACUGCAAUUCAGUCUUCUUAUUAGAUUUCUCAAAAAAUUAUCAUGGAAACUGAUCUGUAGUUCUACUUCUACUGUUAUAUUUUCCAGUUUGUUCAAUUUAUUUUUUUAAUUUGACAAAUUUGUAUAUUUUGGAGUUGUUGAUGAAUCUGAUUAAUCCUGCAUAAAUUUCAGUAGUUCAUUUGUACCUUUUCCUACAUUUACCAUUCUUAUCCUGAAAUUAGACUUUUGUUUGUACUUAUAACUCUAAAACCAUCUCUAUUGACUUCAUAUUGUUAAUCUAGAGCCUCUAUUUCUCAUUUUAACUAUUAUAUCCUUCAGUUUGUCAUUAUUUGAUUCCAAUUUAUAGGAAUCAAAGUUGUUAUUAAUCCUGCAUAUAUUGCAGUAGUUCAUUUGUACCUUUUCAUAUAUUUUCCACUAAAUUUUAACCAAUUAAUAUUUAAAUGAAAAUAAUAUCUAAAAAAUACUUUAUUAUAUGAAUAUCUCUUUCAAAUUUCAUUAUAUGAUACAAUUAAACAAACUAUUAAACUUGUCCUUCUUUCUUCCUUCCUUAUAUUCUUCCUUGGGAAAUAAACAAACUUUAUACACAUUUUUCCAUAUAAAAACACGUUAUAUAAAAAAAUACAUUGAAACUUAAUGUUUAUAUAUAUAUAAAAAAAAACAGAAUUACACAACGGGAAAUCUUCAA